AGGCUGAAUUAAUACUGGGCCUUUUUUCGGCAGGUUUUGGAAGAUGUGUUUGCUUAUUCAUCUCGCAAGACUUGGCAACAGCUGCUAUUAGGUGCGGAGUCAUAAAAGUGUUUGUAAACAACUCCGUCAGAAGGUACGUCAAACUGGAGUUGGAUCACUUUCCCCACACGAGCAUCAGGACAAUUUCCAAAGUGUCCCUAAUCGUGGCGUAUGAAAGAUAUCUGAAUUUCCAAUUCCUUGAUGUAUUACAUUCAACAGGAUGACACCAGUAAUUAAUUUGUAGCUGUGUCAGUAGCUGUAGCAUUCCUGGUCCACAUCAUCUACAUUUCUUUUGUUUCCUGUAUACUGUAAACCCACUGAGUGAAGAUGCCUUGGCCGUUUUCGGAGUCCAUCAAGAAACGAGCGUGCAGGUACCUCCUGCAUCGCUACCUAGGUAACUUUCUGGAGGAAAAGCUGAGUUUGGAUCAGCUCAGCUUAGACCUGUAUCAGGGUACUGGAUCCCUUGCUCAAGUGCCACUGGAUAAAUGGUCCCUGAAUGAGCUGCUGGAGACAGCAGAUGCUCCUUUUGAGGUAACCACUGGGUUCAUUCAGACAAUUUCUCUAACGGUUCCAUGGGCAGCCCUACUGCAGGAAAACUGUGCCCUAGAGGUUAAAGGUUUGGAGAUGGUGUUCAGACCCAGACCAAGAUUGGCAUCUGGGAUUGAGCCCAUGUACUGGUCCAGUUUCAUGACUAGCAGCAUGCAGCUUGCCAAAGAAUGUCUGAGCCAGAAACUCACAGAUGAUAUGGGAGAGAACUUCCAGCCUUUUGAGGGAUUAGAGAGGUUUGCAGAAACAAUAGAGACGGUUCUGAGAAGAGUCAAAGUGACAUUUUUGGAUACUGUACUAAGAAUUGAACAUAUGUUGGAAAAUUCAAAAACUGGAAUUGCUCUAGAGAUUCGAAUUAAAAGGAUUAUUUAUUGUGAUGAAACUGACGAGGAGAGUCCAAGUGUAAAUGUGCACCAGCCAACCACAUUUGCACAUAAAAAUUUACUGUUGGAAGGUGUCACUAUAUUUUGGGACGAGUUCUCAGAUGUGUCUCGCACUGGUUUUAAAUCUCCACCCACUCAAACGGAUACUGAGGCAAAGCUCUCUCCAAGUUGGAAUCCCAAAAUUAUAUAUGAGCCUCAUCCCCAGUUCACAAAACCUGUAUCCUCGACUAUACCGUUUGAACCUGUGCAGGCCGGGAGCUUAAGUGGUAAAAUCGAGUUGUCCCUGAUUUUAAAAAACAACACAGCUAUGCCUGGAGCAAAGCUGGAAGUUGUUGGACAUAUUGAUACGCUGAUUAUUCUGCUGUCUCCGCGACAAGUUCACCUUAUUCUGGACCUGCUGGGUGCUUUCUCUGGUGGGGCUACGCAGGAGUGGGCUAAGGAUAGAAAAAAUCGACCAAUACAACAAGAGGAUGAGUAUCGCCUCCAUUUAGAACUGAACCGCUGCUUGAAGAAGGAUAUCGCAACAACUGGAACAGAUUCUGGCCUCUUUGAGAGCCAGACUACCAGAACUGUGUCUAGCCGAGAUGAUGUAUUCUUCUCCAUGGCCGAUAUGGACAUGUCUCACAGUCUGUCAUCCCUUCCUCCACUGGGUGAACCACCUACGGUUGACUUGGACCUUUCACUCAAUAGUAAUUACUCUGCAUCUCCAGGAGAGUCUCCUUCUGGAAAUACUGCAACUCUGUGGGAUGAUUAUAUGGAUGUUUCAAGACAAAGAGAGAAGACUACUGAAGCUCCUGUCCAACCACGGGAUUCACAGCUCCCUCAAAAAUUGCUACGACAAACUUCACAUCCAUCUAAAACUCAUGGUGACGAGUCAAGACCAGAGUUAGUAUUAAAGCUGACACUGAGCAGUCUGGCCAUCUCAGUUCUUCACAUAGACCCCCUGCCACCACCACAUCACGCUCCCAGUCUUGGCUCAAUGGCUGCACAAUUCUUCAGUGUGGUGGGCCCAGACCAAGUCCUUCCCGACGCCUUCCUUCAGUCUCGCACAGUGUUUAACCAGGCUUGCCCUUAUGACCACCUUAGGUUUGUGGGUCAGGGCCUGAAGAUAAACUAUGAACACUGUCAGGGUUCUAACCUGCGGACAUUCAGCACUGAUGUCUCCCUAAACCAGAUGGAGUUGUUGGAGUGUCUCUUCCCCUCUGACGUUGCCAUUGGUGGCUUCCAAAAAGGCAUUCAGUACACAGAGCUUUUGACAUUUGGCAUUCCAGCCAGUGCUGAUGCAUCACACACCACCUGCCUUCACAUGCUGUAUAAGCAAGCUGAACGUCGAGGCCCACAGGGCGGCCAAGUGCGGCUUAUUACCAUUCCCAGGAAAGCAGAAAUCCAAAUAGAACUGGGCCCAGCACAGUCUGAGCUGGACAUCAGCAUUGUAGACCGCCUCAACUCGCUAUUACAGCCUCAGAAGCUAGACACCACAGAGAUGAUGGCCUCCCAUAUGUAUACCUCCUACAAUAAACAUAUUAGCCUGCAUAAAGCUUUUACAGAGGUUUUCCUUGAUGACAGCCAUACCCCAAGUAACUGUCACAUAUCACUGACCAUCAGUGCCCCAGUGCUCAGCCUUGCAGUUCGCUUCCCCAUUCCUGACUUGCGAUCAGAUCAGGAGAGAGGACCUUGGUUCAAAAAGUCCCUACAGAAAGAAAUACUCCACUUGGAGCUGGAAGACUUGGAAAUAAAAACCGAGUUCAUGGGUGGCAGCUCUCCUGACCAAACAAAGAUGGAGCUUACUUUCAGGGAACUUACUGGCAGAUUACAGGAGGACCAGGUUCAACCAGCUGCCCAGUUCCUUAGAGUGUCCCACACCAUGGAUGGUGACAUGACAACAUCUGCAAGUGCAAAAUUUGAUUGGCCACGAGUUGUCCUGAAGAUGAACCCUACUGCGGUGCGUUCCAUCCUUGAGCGUGCGACAGUUGAAGAUGAUGAAGGGGCUGAAGACCACUCCCUUGAAGAGGAGGAGGAGGAGGAAGGGGCUGCUCACUCGCUAAAGGAUGUCUGUGACUUUGGAAAACCAGAACCAUCACCCUUUUCUUCACGUAGAGUUAUGUAUGAAAAUGAAGAGAUGGUUAUUCCUGGUGAUGUUGUUGAAAUGACAGAGUUUCAGGAAAAAACCAUGAACAGUUCACGUUUCAUCCUUGACAUGUGUUUCCCAAAUGUUCAAAUGGCACUCCCCAGCAAGGCCUUUUAUGAAAAAUUACACAACAGAAUCAACAAUGACUUGCUGCUGUGGGAACCCACUGCUCCCUCCCCAGUGGAGACUGUGGAGAGCAUGCCUUAUGGAGUUGGACUUUCUGUCGCCAGUCAGUUAAUCAACACCUGCUCUAAGGACAGCUUCAGUCCUUUCCGCUCUGCUGGUCCUGACGACGUGCUUUGUGUUGUUCCUUCAGAGGAGACCAGUGGCUCAGAGGAGGAGAACAUGCAGUUCUACACUCCUACAUCUGACCUGGGACUGAGGUCUCGAAAGAAGAAAAAGCCCAAGACCCAGAACAAGACUUCCCAGAGCCUGUUCUCGGUCAUCCUCAGUGUCAAUCACGGCCUGGUGGCUCUUCAAACCAAUGCUAAAAAAGAGGAUAAAAGUGUCCUAAAGAAUAAGCAUGGCGAGUUCUGGCUGGAAGCAAAAAAUGCAGUGCUCUUCAGUGUAACGCAGUAUGAAGGCUAUAAAGACCAGCACUACAUCUGCUUCCACACCAGCAGUGUGUGCAUGUAUCAUGAAGGACUUGUGGAUGGAGCAACCUCUGUUUCAGAUGUCAAGUUGCCAUGCAGGACUCAUCCCCACUGGUUAGAGCCCUGCAUCUACCAAUCAGAGACCUUUCCUGACAGAAGCUCCACACCAGAGGGUAUUGGUCAGGAAGCUCGCAGCAUGCUCACGGUUGCCGUCAAAGUCUCAUCCCAAAAUGCAGAACGCAAUGUCAAGGAAUUUCUCAUUGCUGUUGGAGUAAGAGGUGCCACACUCCAGCACAGGGUGGUCCCUUCCAGCUUUGGCUGGUAUGAUCAGAUUGUUGAUUUUCUGAAUGUUACUGAUGAGCCCGUUUUGGGUUAUGCACCUCCCACUGCUGUCACCACCCUGCAUCUACACCUGUGGAGUUGCUCUCUAGACUACAGACCUCUUUACCUGCCUCUCAGAUCACUUUUGCUCGUUGAGACUUUCAGUAUCUCCAGCAGUGUCUCUUUAGACCACUCUUCUUCUACACUCAGGAUCAUUUUGGACGAAGCUGCUUUCUUCCUGUCAGACAAGAACAAUGCCGUCUCAGUCAAUCUAGCACGUGAUUAUGUCCAAGUGGUAGACAUUGGCACGUUGGAGCUGAGGAUCACAGCUGUUAAACCUGGAGUGGAUGGAAAAUUGUCAGAGCCGAGGUUUGAGCUGCGCUGUUCCAGUGAUAUCAUUCACAUCAGAACAUGUUCAGACUCCUGUGCUGCCCUCAUGAACCUCAUCCAGUAUAUAGCCAGUUAUGGAGAUAUGCUGCCCCCUGCAGCACUGGAGUCCAAGCACAACGGCACCAAAAGGAGAUCCAAGGUGGAGCUUCCUUGUCAGCCCACAUCUCAGACCUCUUUGCUUGAGACUGAGCAGCAGAUGCUGCAGGAUCUGAUGAGUGAAGCAAUGGAGGAGACCGAUGGGCAGCAUGCGCUCGGAAUGCAAAAAAACGGCAAGGGUGCAAAUGAAGAGCAACAUCUUGACCUUGACCCGCCUCAGUCAGACCUUUUCUUAUUUCCGGAUGAAAGUGGGAACUUAAACCAAGAUUCAAGCCCCACUUAUCCCAUGCUUCACUCUCCCCUCAUUACGCCUGUACCUAACCUGGCACAAGAGACAGAUGACUUUUGUAUCCUGGACACACCCGGCUCUAGAGGAGAGGAUCUCGACCAGGAACCAGUAGUAAAGCGGCUCACAAUGGAUCCUGUUGAAAUCAAAGAUGACCACUUCAGUCAGCCUCUAGAUGGAAGUGAUUCUGGUCGUGGAGCAAUGAACCUCCCCAUUCCAGAGGUACGCUACCUCAUUAAGGAGAUUUCGGUCAUCUGGCACCUUUAUGGCGGGAAAGACUUUGGGAAUGCAUCUUUGACAUCCUCUCCUGCCAGAAGCCGAGGAUCAACACCCCAUAGCUCCCCCUCUCAGACUCCAGUCAGACAAGCCAGGUCUUCAGGAUGGGCAGCUGGUGGAAAGGGAAGGAACCCGGAUGUUCUGAUGGAGAUCCAACUCAGUAAGGUGAGAUUUCAGCACGAGGUUUACCCACACACCCAUGUGACGCCUGGAUUGACCGCGGACCAGCCAGUAUCUCGGCAGGUGUUUGUCGUGCAGGACUUGGAGAUUCGAGACAGACUGGCUACAUCACAGAUGAACAAGUUCCUCUACUUGUAUUCCAGCAAGGAAAUGCCCAGAAAAGCACAUUCGAACAUGUUGACAGUUAAGGCGUUGCACAUGUGUCCUGAAUCAGGCCAGGCUCCUCAGGAGUGCUGUUUGCGUGUUUCCCUGAUGCCUCUUCGUCUCAAUAUUGAUCAGGACGCACUGUUCUUCCUGAAGGAUUUCUUUAGUAGCCUUGCUGCUGAAGUUGAGUUUUUCUCUCCGCCUACUCCAGAAGCUGUCUGUGUUUCCACAAAAACAACGGCUGCCCCAGAAAUCUCCUGCAGCUUCUCCAAACAUGGUGGUAGCAUCCAAGACCCCGCCCCAAUUAUCUCAGUGCCUGCUCACAGGCGAUUGAGCCAUAAUGGUUUCCCCAUAUCUGGAGGGGAGGAAUCCAGUGAAAAUGAAGCUGCUGCUCCUUCCUUCACGGACCAACCCAUCUUUUUCAGGGAAUUCCGAUUUACCUCUGAGGUGCCCAUUCGAUUGGAUUACCAUGGGAAACACGUUUCAAUGGAGCAGGGGACCUUUGCAGGGAUCAUUAUUGGGUUAACACAGCUGAACUGUUCAGAACUGAAACUAAGAAGGCUGUGCUCCAGACAAGGACUAUUAGGUGUGGAUAAGCUCUUUUCCUAUGCAAUAAAUGAGUGGCUUAAUGACAUUAAGAGAAACCAGCUUCCAGGACUUCUGGGUGGUGUUGGACCAAUUCACUCCCUGGUACAGUUGGUUCAAGGAUUUAGGGAUUUGGUCUGGCUCCCAAUUGAGCAGUACAGGAAGGAUGGUCGGAUAGUCCGUGGUUUUCAGCGCGGCACUGCCUCUUUUGGAACAUCUACUGCCAUGGCUGCUCUGGAGCUCACCAACCGUAUGGUGCGGACCAUCCAGGCAGCGGCUGAGACCGCGUAUGACAUGGUUUCUCCAGUGCCUGAUGAGAGAGACUCCAAGAGGAUAAAACGCUUUUCUCAUUAUGGACUGGCUCACCAGCCCGUUGACCUGAGAGAAGGCGUAGCCAAGGCCUAUACGGUGGUAAAAGAGGGGAUCACCGAUACUGCAUUGACCAUCUAUGACACGGCUACCCGGGAACAUGAGCAACGUGGAAUGACCGGAGCAGUGGGUGGGGUUCUCCGCCAGCUGCCCCCAGCAGUAGUUAAACCACUGAUUAUGGCCACUGAGGCCACCUCUAAUGUGCUGGGUGGGAUGAGGAACCAGAUACAUCCGGAUGCUCGCCAGGAAGAGUCUCAGAAAUGGAGGCAGGGUGAGGAGUGAUCCCUUGUGACAUGUUGAACAUCACAUUCUGACACAAGCACUUGCUAGAAACC